AUGGACCGUCACCUGGUGAUGCACCAGCUGCGGUGUAACGGUGUGCUGGAAGGCAUCCGGAUUUGUAGGAAGGGGUUCCCAAGCAGAAUCCUAUACGCUGCCUUUAAACAAAGAUACCAAAUCCUGAAUGCCUCAGCCAUCCCCGAAGACCGGUUCACUGACAAUAAGAAUGCUUCAGAAAAGCUUCUCUCCUCCAUUGAUGUCGAUCACAGUCAGUACAGAUUUGGCCACUGUAAGGUAUUCUUCAACGGUGGUCUCCUGGGACUGCUGGAGGAGAUGCGAGAUGAGAAGCUUGUGAGCCUCAUCACCCAUACGCAGGCUGUGUGCAGAGGGUACCUUAUGUGUGUAGAAUUCAAGAAGAUGUGUGAGAGAAGGGAAUCCAUCUACACUCUGCAAUGCAAGAUUCGCUCAUUCAUGAAUGUCAAGCACUGGCCCUGGAUGAAGCUGUACUUCAAGAUCAAGCCCUUGCUGAAGAGUGCUGAAGCUGAGAAGGAGAUGGCCAACAUGAAGGAAGAGUUUGAGAAAACGAAGGAGGAUCUUCCUAAGUCUGAGGCAAAGAGGAAAGAACUGGAGGAGAAAAUGGUGACCCUGCUGCAAGAGAAAAACGACCUGCAGCUCCAAGUGCAGACUGAGUAUCUGGGUGAAGUUUAG